AGGCACCUGUGGCCGAGCUCCGUGACCAUGAAGGUCAAGGUCAUCCCCGUGCUCGAGGACAACUAUAUGUACCUGGUCAUCGAGGAGCUCACGCGCGAGGCGGUGGCCGUGGACGUGGCCGUGCCCAAGAGGCUGCUGGAGAUCGUGGGCCGGGAGGGGGUGUCUCUGACCGCUGUGCUGACCACCCACCAUCACUGGGACCACGCGCGGGGAAACCCGGAGCUGGCGCGGCUGCGUCCCGGGCUGGCGGUGCUGGGCGCGGACGAGCGCAUCUUCUCGCUGACGCGCAGGCUGGCGCACGGCGAGGAGCUGCGGUUCGGGGCCAUCCACGUGCGUUGCCUCCUGACGCCCGGCCACACCUCCGGCCACAUGAGCUACUUCCUGUGGGAGGACGAUUGCCCGGACCCACCCGCCCUGUUCUCGGGCGACGCGCUGUCGGUGGCCGGCUGCGGCUCAUGCCUGGAGGGCAGCGCCCAGCAGAUGUACCAGAGCCUGGCCGAGCUGGGUACCCUGCCCCCCGAGACGAAGGUGUUCUGCGGCCACGAGCACACGCUCAGCAACCUGGAGUUUGCGCAGAAAGUGGAGCCCUGCAACGACCACGUGAGAGCCAAGCUGUCCUGGGCUAAGGCACGGCCCCUUUCCCGCCGCGGCAAGAAGGUGGGGGGGACAGGCUUCGGGGGGGCUCUCAGACAAGGCCCAAUGGUGACCAGGGCCUGUGGUCACUCCAGAAGAGGGAUGAGGAUGACAUGCCCACAGUGCCGUCGACUCUGGGCGAGGAGCGCCUCUACAACCCCUUCCUGCGGGUGGCGUGAGUAUGGUUGUUGUCCCGGGGCCUCCACCGUUACGUGGACCCUUAGGAAGGCAUCUGGGGACCGCGUGUUGGGCUGAGUGAACAUCUCUGGCUUGGGGGAGGCUGCUCAUUAAGUGUCUGCCUGCCCGCCCACCCCUCGGCGCCAUCUUCCCGCGUGGGCAGUGGACCCUGCGCCUCACUGCACCCCUCCCUGCAGAGAGGAGCCGGUGCGCAAGUUCACGGGCAAGGCGGUCCCCGCCGACGUCCUGGAGGCGCUCUGCAAGGAGCGGGCGCGCUUCGAACAGGCGGGCGAGCCGCGGCAGCCACAGGCGCGGGCCCUCCUUGCGCUGCAGUGGGGGCUCCUGAGUGCAGCCCCACACGAGUGAGCCACCCAGACCCUCACAGGGCUGGGGCCUGCGUUCCUCCUCCUGACCUCGGCCAGCUGGACCCACGCGAGGGCCACCUCUGGAACCUUCUUCGAGGUCCUGGCCAGCCAUCUGCCCAGCCUCGGAGGGUGGGCAAGCUGGUGCUUCCUGGGUGGACACACAGGACCACUCAGUGGGGCCCGUGUGGGCGCCGAGACCUGGGUGCCUGCGAAGUGGGGCACACGGGGCCUCCGAACUACGAAUAAAGCUUUGAAAGGCC